AGCGGCGGCUCGUUCGAGCGCAUGCGUUUGGCGGCGGCGCCAGGCCUGACGGUCCCUAGGUGGCCGGGCAGCGUACGCGUCUGGGGACCCAGCAUGGCGGUGCCCACAGCGGCCAUGGGGCCGUCGGCGCUGGGCCAGAGCGGUCCUGGCUCGAUGGCCCCCUGGUGCUCAGUGAGCAGCGGCCCGUCGCGCUACGUGCUCGGGAUGCAGGAACUGUUCCGGGGCCACAGCAAGACGCGCGAGUUCCCGGCGCAUAGCGCCAAGGUACACUCUGUGGCCUGGAGCUGCGACGGGCGUCGCUUAGCCUCGGGGUCCUUCGACAAGACGGCCAGCGUCUUCUUGCUGGAGAAGGACCGAUUGGCCAAAGAAAACAAUUAUCGGGGACAUGGGGAUAGUGUGGACCAGCUUUGUUGGCAUCCAAGUAAUCCCGACCUUUUUGUCACUGCAUCUGGAGAUAAAACCAUUCGCAUCUGGGAUGUGAGGACUACCAAAUGCAUUGCCACUGUGAACACUAAAGGAGAGAACAUUAAUAUCUGCUGGAGUCCUGAUGGGCAGACCAUUGCUGUAGGCAACAAGGAUGAUGUGGUGACCUUUAUUGAUGCCAAGACACACCGUUCCAAAGCAGAAGAGCAGUUCAAGUUUGAAGUCAAUGAAAUUUCCUGGAACAAUGACAAUAACAUGUUCUUCCUGACAAAUGGCAAUGGUUGUAUCAACAUCCUCAGCUACCCAGAACUGAAGCCUGUGCAGUCCAUCAAUGCCCAUCCUUCUAACUGCAUCUGUAUCAAGUUUGACCCCAUGGGGAAAUACUUUGCUACAGGAAGUGCGGAUGCUUUGGUCAGCCUUUGGGAUGUGGAUGAGUUAGUAUGUGUUCGGUGCUUUUCUAGGCUGGAUUGGCCUGUGAGGACGCUCAGUUUUAGCCAUGAUGGAAAGAUGCUGGCAUCAGCAUCAGAAGAUCAUUUUAUUGACAUUGCUGAAGUAGAAACAGGAGACAAGCUAUGGGAGGUGCAGUGUGAGUCUCCGACCUUCACCGUGGCUUGGCACCCCAAAAGGCCACUGCUGGCAUUUGCCUGUGAUGACAAAGAUGGCAAAUAUGACAGCAGUCGGGAAGCCGGAACUGUGAAGCUGUUUGGACUUCCUAAUGAUUCCUGAGAUGAGGUCGUAGGGAGAGGAGGCCCUGGCAGAGGGCUUUCUUUGUCCAUUUAGUUUAGUCUGUUCUCUUAUAGUUGGAGGGCACCCUAAACAUGUAAGUUGAUAUAGAUUGUAACAGUCUUUUGUUAGCCUGUCCAUUCUAACUGCUUUCCUUAUUGUUUGUGUUGGCUAUUUCCAUUCUUCCCUUUCCGGCAUCAGUUAGCUAAGGAACACUCUACAGUAUGGAGAAUGACCCCAUCAUAUUUGUCCUUGGGACCUCCUGUCUUCUUCACUUAGGGGUAUAUGGUGGGUUUUGUUGAGCUUGACAGUACUUGGACUGUUUAGAGGAAGGGCUUAAAGCAGGGUGGGAUAGGCAUGGAGGGGUUUUUCAUAACUAAAAAAGAAAUAUAUAACUUCAAGAAUUGAACAUUUAAUAAAACUGUCCUUUUAAUUAUG